AUGUCGUCCACAUUCUCAACAUCCACUCGCGUCACCUUGUUCUUCCCCGGAUGGACUACCAACUCGCCAGCUGCAUAUGUCGGAUCUCUGAUCUUCUUGAUAUUCAUCGCGAUGGCCAACCGUUAUCUCGGGGCACUGAAGACCCAGCUCGAGAGAUCGUGGGUAGCAGUUCGAUCGCCGGACAUUAAGAAGCAUCACAGGUCGCGAAGCCGACGGGAAGCAAACUAUUCCUCCGAGGCCAAUGAAUCCGAAGCCGAACCACUAUCCCCAUACCUUGCUACGCAUAUGCACUCCGAUAACGAUGAUGCUGGCCAAAAGUCAGAUGCGAAUGAUAUCGUCGUCGAGCGGGCAGCUUCGCGAAGCGCAUAUCUACCAUCGGGGUGGGUGUCGAAUGGUGCAUGGUCCCUGAGUAGAGAUGGGACACGCGCGCUGUUGGAAUUCCUCCGAGCUUUUAUUGGCUACAUCCUCAUGCUCGCAGUGAUGACCUUUAACGUAGGCUUCCUGUUUGCCGUCCUUGGUGGUGUGCUAUUUGGGGAGCUCAUUCUUGGCCGUUAUACGACUGGGGUCAGUUCAGGCUGGCAAGAAGGAGCGUGUCAUGAAUAG